GGUAUUUCUAUUUCCGGUAACUGCACGUGCGCGUCAAAUGUAAACAACUUCUGUAGCAGACGCUCUUUUGACCAGUCACAUCUAUAUAUGCGGAAUGGCAUGGUCAGGAAGAUUUGAUGACUUCAGCACCUAUUCAACUACCGAUGACAAUAGAAAACAGAGGAACAGGUCAUCAGGUGGCAGCAACAGUUUUGGAACAACGGCUUCAGGAGUUCCAGUGAAAAUCAAUGAGAUAACUCCAGAUAUUCCCUAUGUGAACCUUAUUGGAUCAAUACUUACAAAAGAUGGACCAAAAUCUAUCAUAAGCAAAAAGGGCUCUGGUUCCGAAAGAUUUCUGGUUUCAUUUGCACUCAGGGAUAGUCCUGAUGCACUGAUCAAUUGUACAUGCUGGGGCAAUGAAGGAUUCAUCACUAACCUGGCUCAGUCUUUUAACAUUGGAGAUAUUGUUGAAGUGAGAAAUGCCCAGGUUCAAAGCAAGUCAGUGAACCCAAAUGAUGACCGAUACAAGCCAUGGACACCAAGUGGAUUUCAACUGAAUCUUUCAGAGAACCACAGUAGCGUUGAGCUGUAUUCUGGCUGGGAUCUAUCCACAUACAACAGACUCAAACAUGUUCCUACCAGACCAAACAACGACUACUACACUCUGGAGGAUGUCAGUGUUAAUGGCACAGCAUUACAAGGGGAACAUGUUAAUCUGCUUGUUGCUGUCAAACAGGUUUGGCCAGCAAGAGAUAUUACCACAAAAACAGGCAAACAAACCAGGAAAUGUGAUGUUGUUCUCUGUGAUGAAACCUGCUCAAAUUUCAUUCUCACAUUAUGGGACAACUAUGUGGAGUUUGCCUUGAACUGGGUCCCUCGUCAAACAAUAAUAUUUGCUGCAGAUGUUAAAAUCCUCCACAAUAGCUACAAAGACUGCAUGUCUGCAACUGCUGAUAGUAAAACUGUCUUCACUGUUGACCCAGACACUCCGGAAGGCCAUAUCUUGUACCAGUUUGUGAAAUCCCAGGCAGACAUGGGUUCCAGCUUCUUGGCAGACACAGACAGGAGUGAACAGGACCCAGAGUUGUCAAGCAUCAGGGAUGUUUACAGUGUGGAGAAGGUGAAGCAGUGGAAGGCAGCAGUGUCGGACCAGGAGCAGAGUGUACACUAUUGUGUCAUGUAUGUCUAUGUCACCACAUUCAACAUAGAUGCCGACAGCAACACUGUAUUCAAGAAUGUAUGCUCCAACUGUAAGAGAGAACUCAAGGCUGAUACUGGAUUCAUUUGCACCAAUGACCAAUGUCCAGGAAGUGACCCAAUGGCCACUGACCUGUCUGGCCCCACUGUGGAGUUCAACAUCUGGCUGUCUGUGUCAGACCACACUGGCACCCUUGACUACUGUAAUCUGCAAGGGGCACCUGCAGAAGAGGUCCUGGGCUGUAAGGCUACUGAGUUUCAGUCUUUUGACAUUCCAAGGAAAACAAGCAGCAAGUGGUUGUAUCUGCUGGAGAGAUGCAAAGUGGUACUCAAGAUGAAGAAGAUUUCGACUGACUUUAGCACAAAAACUUCAUUUCGAAUCCUGUCAUUAUCAAAGCCCCAAGCAACAGAGAUAAUGAACGCAACAAAUUUCAAGUACUGAAAACAACAGUUCUGUAAAUACAGAUAAAUCAAUGAAAGACAGUUUCCUAUGUUGUUAUAGUGGUAGUUUUGCUGUUUAAAUCUAGUGUAUAAAUAUUAAAAUAACGUGUUCAGCUUCUUACUCUGAAAAGCAUUGCAAGGGAAUAAAAGCCUGGAGGUCAUAUAACCAGUUAUUCAUAUUUUUAUGAGUACUGAUAAUUCUUUCCUGUGCUAUUUAAUAAGCAGGACUGUUGAUAUUAAAACUAUUUUUGUACAUUUAGGUCUUGAACUCAUCAUGAAUCAAAGACCAAUACCAGUAGUUAACUGUGAUACAUGCAAUGUUGUCUGUGAUAUGUGGCUUUCUGUGGUUUUCAUCUAAGUCUGUAGUUUCCUCCUACAGCAUUAUUUGUUUUGUUAAAUGAAUAAUAAAAAUUGUGUCUUCA